AGGAUGAGGAAGUGGCUGCAGACCUCUGGAGAUGUGUCUGUGUACAGUGAAGCAGCAGCAGCAGCUGUCAGCAGCACAUUAACCGGCUCGGACAGCUCGAUAACAGCACACAGUUUGACAAUGCGAUGGGUAACUGCUGGGCACAAUGUGUCGGGCUCUUCAGGAGAGAAGCCAACCGGAUCCAGAGAGGAGGCGGGUCAAAAUAUUUCCGAAGUAGUACCACAGGGGAGCAUUACACAAUAGAGUUUGAAAAUCUGGUAGAGAGCGAUGAGGCUGAGAGUCCACAGCCCUGCCUGAGGCCCAUCAGUGAAGAUGAGAUCCAGCACCUCAAAGAGCACCGCUACACUGCCAUCACAGACAAGCAGAGACUGAUAGACCAGAAGCUACAAGUGGAGUUAGAGGCACAAGAGGAGAAGUUAAGGCUAGAAGAAGAGGCUAGAAAUGCCGCCCAGCGUGAGGCCGCCAGGUUGGCACGUGAACGCAAAUUGAAGGAGCAGCUGUCUGCCCAGAGGAAACGGGGCAAAGCAGAUGGCUCCGGCGGUGAAACUCAGCAAAGAAAACAAACCUCUGGGGAGGAUUUUGACGUCCACCUGCAGAAUAUAAAAGCCCAGUCAGAGGCUUUUAGGAGUAACAGACUGCCCUCUGACACCAACGUGGUGACUCCAAACACAGAGUGCAGCUGGGACUUCACCACCAAGACUCGCUCCACCAACGAUGACGGGACCUCACUGGAUCUAGAGUGGGAGGACGAGGAAGGAAUCAAUCGUGCACUUCCGGUCUGGGAGAGGUCUCGGACGGAGGAGGACAUCCUGCGCGCAGCCCUGAGGCCCGGCAGCAAGCAGAUGAACAGCGGCCCGACCUCGGCCUCCGAGGACUCCAACGCGCUGGAGUGGGAGAAUGAUUUUGUGAGUACGCAUCCAGAGGACAAUGCAGACACUGAAUUUCAAGGGUUUGUCAAUCCUGUCCUAGACACUCCCUCUGAGGACACCUCGGACCGUGGCCUCAGGUUGGACAACCAGGACAGAUAGUGUCCAGCACCAAAGGAGACGUUUGUUUGUGUGUUCUCUUCAUGUCAAAGCUCACCAGCUUUUUGCCUCAUGAAAUGGAAAUGUACUUACUUUCUCUUCAUAUUCUGUGAUCCGAGACUCUGAUGCUGCGGGAAUAUGUUGUGCAUCUCUAUACUCCAGUACAGUGUAGAGAUGUAUUUAAUCAAACACUCAUUCUUUCAGUGCCUUCAUUUGCCAAAUUAGCCGACCAUUUUAUGCAUUGUAACUUGAACUGAUCAGUUUCCAUCCAUUACCAUUUGACACAUUGUUCAGUGAGUGCUUAUUUUCAAUGCACAGUCCUCUGAUGACCUCACAGAAGCUGCCAAGCUACGCUGAAAUGAAAAAAGCAGAUGGCUGCUUUUUUGAAUUGUUGUUACUGAUGGACAUUUUUCACUGGUUGGUGUGGGGGGGAGAGAGUGAGUCAUGUAGUGUAACUUAUCAAGUUACGUUGUGUUUUUUAAAAUCCCAGCAGGGAAAUUUGUCCUCUGCAUUUGACCUGUCCGAACUAUUUAGCGGCAGUUGAAAGCCACAGUGCAGUGCCUGGAGAGCAACUGCAGUUCUAAGGCCAGUACCUUGGUCAGUGGUCAGCAUGUCUUUAAGUGUAUAAAAAAAAAACACACACACAAACUACAGAAAAAAUAUCCUCACACAGCCCUCAGUUUCUUUCCUUAGGUUCAGCUCUGCCCUUUAGUUGUAUAAAGUUAUUGCAUGAUGGCAAAAGAGGAACUGAAAUCCACAUAAAGGUUGCUUAGGAAAAGGUACAUUAUACUAAACUGUUUUGAUGAAUCAGAAUAAUAAUACCAUCACUGUUUCUACAUUUGAGCCUGCACUGAGGAUUUGGGGGGGUUGAUGGGGUAUUUAUCAUCAAUUGUUCUUCUGAAUCUUGGAUUGAUUGCACAACAUCAAACUGUUUGAUUGACAGUCAACUACAGUAAACACUGCGUAUGCAUGGGUGCGUAGCCUAAUAUGAUGCAGAGUAAAAAUGCCAAUAUGGGCUCUACCAAAUGUUACUCUAAAUGACUGGAAUUAAUGCAUUUUCUGAUAUUUUAUUAGACAAACAAACAGGAUAAUCCCUCAAAACCACUUAAAUGUGUCCACCUCUCAGAGCUAACAGGCUCGUGUUAUAAAAAAAUAAAAAUAAAGAGCCCCAAGCAUGAAAACACUUUCACUGUCCCUCAGUAAUAUGCUAACAAGAGACCUUUUUAUAAAACAACAUAAUUAAGCACAUACAAGGAUUCGUCUAUAUAAACCUGUUUUUUUUUUUUACUCUUUGAUUUUAUUAGAAAACCUUUUUUUUAUGUCAAAACCAAUAGCACAGAACAGCAGAAUCAUUGCCAGGCACCAUGACGUCCUCAUCACAAACAUUAUAUAUCAUGGAUUCUUAAGGACAGCAGCUCUUCAUGCAGGUCAACACAAUUUGCAUAUUAUUGUCCUUGAUUUGCAAAGCAUAAAGCAAAAAGAAGGUAAAUGAGAUUUUUAAGUGGUGAGGAUGAGCGGAGGGGCAAACCACCAGCCAGAUUCCUUAUUCCAACAAAUAUUUAAAACUCUCAACAGGAAGUUUUUUCAUAAAUCGCCGGCUUCUAAACUACACAUCUUUAAAGGUCCAGUGUGUAACAUUAUAGGAAGCUCUGUUGGCAGAAAUGGAAUUUAAUAUUCUAGGUUGGUUUUUUUUUUAGUGUAUAAUCAGCAAUAAUUUGAUGGCACUAAUUCUGGACGUUAUUCUAGAUCUAACUUCAUGUGAUACGUCUCAAAUCUAAACAACUGGAGUGAAAUAAUUUUGCUGUUAAUGUGAAUACUUGCUCUGAAAUACAGGAGAAUAAUUUUAGAAUAUAGAAUAGGUGGGACAAUCUUCACUAAAAACUAAAAUCACUCCCUUUGCCACCUUUUAAAAGAGACUUGACUGACUUCCGAAUCAUUGCUGGCAUUUGGUGUAUUUAGGAGACAAAUCUUUUUUAAGUGUAAUGACUUUUGAUUUAAUCUGAUAUGAAACUUUCAUGAAUCAUUAUCUGCUUGUUGUUCACUGCUAAUAUUAUAAGCAAUAUUUUGUGGAGUCUGGAUGGAAAAAAAGAUCAAGGUUACCAAACAUGCAAACAUGACUCUGUGGUGUAAACUUUGUCAUGUUGCUACAAUUGAUCCAAUGCUGCUGUAUACAUUAUUCCAGUUCUUGUGCGUUACAGUUAUAUAUCCUGAUAUUUUGACCCAUGGCGUACGGUCGAGCAUGAGUUGAGACAAUAGUGUUUCUCGCAUUUAUUAUUUAAUCUGUGUGAAUCAAAAGUAGUUUACUGAUUGCACUGCAAUGUGUGGAUUUUUAAUUUGGUGUUAGCAGCUCAUAGGAGACAUUCACUGAAAUGAUUCACUUGUGUGAAGAGGAAACUGAUCGAACACACAUGCACUACUGUAGAAGUGUGUAGACGAGACACGGGUUGAUUUGCAGAGUGUGUAAUAAUAUUGUUUUGAGCACAUUUUAAAAUUGUUUUUGCUGUGAUUACGUGAUCUCUGAUUAAUCACUGUAAUUUUCUGUAAAAAAAACCAACAACAAAAAAACCUGUAUCUUCACAUUCCUUGUCACACCGAGCCUAAGAGAAAAGAAAUAAAAUAUAGAAAAAUGUAUCAGGCAUCACAUACAAUCACUGUAAUGACCAAGUGUACAUGAGGUAUCAUCACCUUAAUGUGAGCUGCUGCUGGAAGUCGAUUGUUUCUGUGAAUUUUGUCACUUUCUACCAAAUGUUUGAGUGUUUUUUAGCGCAUGUACCGAAAGUACAAGACUUUAGCGCGGGGACCUCAAACUGCCGGCCCUCCCUCCGGCCACAACAUGAUAGUACAAUCCACCUUUUUUUCUUUCUUCUAGUUGUAUCAUAUCGAUUUAAUCUACUCCUUCACAUACAAUUAAAAUAAAAAUUCAGUUUGAAUUUGAGACCCCUGAUUUAGAGAACCACAGGCAGCACCCAUCCCAAUACAAAUCACAAAUCUAUACUCUGAACUUAAAAAGUAGAUCUCUGGAUGUUCUACAAAGGUGAACUAGAGGUACAUGUAUCCUAAGCUUUAUACACUGCACUGAGUGUGUUUCUUUGUCACAGCUCCAUUGGUUGAACAUAGAUAGCACUGCUGUCGGUCAGGGCUCCCUUGACUCCCAGUACCUAAAAGUGACACUGUUAAUAAAACUGUAAGCCUGUUCACACUGUACAGCUAAUUAUUUUUUUAUAAAAGUUAGUUCUAGUAUCUUAUUCGUAAUAUUUGCUUAUUUCUAUGAUUCCCAGAAUGAUAUGACUUAGGACAAACAACCAAAUAACCUCCUCAAUUCAUGCUGAAUGUAUUUACUGUAUCUCCCUUAAAGAUCCAGUGUGUAACUUUUAGGAGGAUCUAUUGGCAGAAAUGGAAAAUUAUAUUAAUAGGUAUGUUUUCAUUAGUCUAUAAUCACUUGAAUCUAGGAAUUGUGUUUUCAUUCCCUUAAUAUGAGCCGUUUUUAUCUACAGACACCGUGGAGCUCUCCGCAGAGUCCACCAUGUUGAACCGGCUGUAGAUUUCUGGCUAUAAAUGGGGCUUUUCGCAUUUCUCUUUCAUACUUUUAUAGUUUUUCCUGCACACUUCACAGCCGGUUCUCAUUCCCAGGACGUCAAAUCCAAAUGCGAGCGGUUAGUUGCAGUCUAAAACUUCACCACUAGAUGCCACUAAAUCCUACACACUGGUCCUUUAAAGGCAUUCUACGCAAUUCAAUUUUAGCUUUUGGGUGGAAAAGCGUGCUGUUUGAGGCUCUCAAGUAAAUAACAAAAAAAUGACAAAAUGAUGCAAAGAAUAGAUGGAAGUAGCUGAAAAUAAACUAGCCUUUUCAGUACAUAUUGUAAGGUACAUAGACUGUUUACAAAGAGUUGAUUCAGCACAUUUACAGAGUCUAGUCUGAUAUUCUGGUUUUCACAGCACACACAGUUCAUGCAGCACAGACUAAAGUUGAAGCAGACGUUUUUUCUGGGCAAGCAACACACUUUUUAAAAAUGUAUUUAACCUUUAUUUGAGCAGGCAAUACAUUAAGAACAGCAACCAGCAGCAGGAAGCAUUAAAAGAUCUUUUUCUUCUUCAACCUUAUUUUUACAGUCGCAGUGGAGCAGGCCAGUGCUCCUCCGUCUGACUCUCGGUUUUUUGGAAGCGUCACUUUCCUCUAGUUGCUUCAAGAUGUAGGAAUGCAGUGUUGAUAAUCUGUAAUAAAUUUCACAAAAACUAAAUGUCCCCUUUGCUGGUCUGUGUUUAAAAUACAACGGUGAUUCAACUUCCUGUCAGUUCAUGGAAGCGUUACUCAGUAGCUGUCCCGAACUGUCUGUGCCUGGUAAAGCUCUGCUGUGAACAGGAAGUGAUACAUUUCAUAUUUCUGGAUUUUGAAGUAAGUAGAGUAAGGCUUGUGGGAACUUUUGAUUUAAAAUGUGUCUCCUGUCACCUGCUCGAUCGCUGAUUAUUCACCUGUUUGAUCACCAGUCAAUCAAACCAGGUGACCUGCCAGAUGAUUCUAACAAAUAUAUAUACAUAUAUAUAUCAUAUAAAUCAUUUUUUAUGUGGUUUUAUUAUUUGUGAGUAUAGUGUAGUCAAAGUGUGUAGUGUAGUGUAAGUCAGUCAGUUAAGGAAACUUGGGAUCCUAGUACCAUUUUGCAUCUACAAGUGCUUUAUUAUUAUUUAUUUAUCGACCAUUAAGUUUAAAUUUUUGCCCUCCAAAGGAAAAUGUUUGGGCUCCUCUGGUUUAUUACUUUAUUACGGGUUACAAAAAUGUGUAAUAAAACCGACUUUAAUAAUGUUACAACUUCGAAGAAUGCCUCAAAUUGUUAGAUUAUUCAAUAUGUUUAAUACAUCUGUAAAGUAACAAUACAUUUAAAUGUGGUGUUUUUUUAAAUUGGUUCACAAACAGUUACUACGAGUUUUUUCAUGAAUGAGACCAAAAAAAAAAAGUAUCUUCUGUAUCUCUUUACCUGUCCAUUAGAGAGUAUGUCCCAAAAGUAGAAUAAAUUGUGCACAUGUAUAAAGAACUGUAUAAAGGUGGAUUUUUGGAGGGAGGCGGGUUUUAUUUCUUAUAUGUUUGCGACUGAACAGCUUUACAAGAUGAAAUGUGCAGCUCGGACUUCUCUGUAAAUAAAAGUUGUCUUUGCAUAUUUGCAUUGUCAUGGCAUAUUGUUCCACUGCAGGAGAUAAUGAAGUGGAACCGGUUGAUAUAGACGACAGAUUAUUGUACAUAAAUGAGUAAAAUAUUUGAGUCCUCGA